AGAGGAGAAAGCAAACAAUUUUCAGGCCCGCCGCGUCCAGCAAAAAAUAUGAGAAAAAAAAUUAUUAAAAUUCGGAAAAUAGGUGAAAGUCAAGGAAAACGCCCUAGAAAGGAUGUUAAGGCUCCUACGUGCCUGGCGUCUCUGUGGUGUUGAAGAUUCAGCCUCUGUCACUCUGUCAGUGAUCGGACACAUCGCUUGUGUCCGCUGCGUGGCUGGCCUGCGCUAAGUCGCCAUGGCCACAGUCACCCCCGAUGAUGACUGCCCCAACCCGGCAGAGCAUGAUCGACUGAGGAAGAGAAGGCCAGAUGGCAAAGGGAGGAAAAACUUCCCCUGUCAGCUUUGCGAGAAGGCCUUCAACAGCGUGGAGAAGCUGAAGGUGCACUCCUACUCGCACACAGGAGAGAGGCCAUACCGCUGCACACACACUGACUGCACCAAGGCAUUUGUCUCAAAGUACAAACUGCUACGCCACAUGGCCACACACUCACCUGAGAAAACCCACAAGUGUAACUACUGCGAGAAAAUGUUCCAUCGCAAAGACCACCUUAAGAACCACCUGCACACACACGACCCCAACAAGGAGGCCUUCAGCUGUGCUGAAUGUGGCAAGAGCUACAACACCAAGCUGGGCUUCCGAAGACACCAGGCUCUGCACGCAGCACAUCGUGGUGACCUCACCUGCCAGGUGUGUCUGCGGCCAUAUCCCAGCACCACCCUGCUGCUCGAACACCUCCGUGCCCACGCUGGCAAAAGCGCCACGGCUGCAGCCAAGGAGAAGCGGCACCAAUGCGAGCAUUGCGAGCGCCGUUUCUACACACGCAAGGACGUGCGGCGCCACCUAGUGGUGCACACGGGCCGCAAGGACUUCUUGUGCCAAUACUGCGCGCAGCGCUUCGGCCGCAAGGACCACCUGACACGGCAUGUAAAGAAGAGCCACAGCCAUGAGCCGCUACGUGUGAAGGCGGAGCCGCUGGAGCCCUCAGAACCACACCCCUACCUGUUUGGCCAUGCCUCCUACUCUCCUCCGCCACCGCCACUCCGUCCCGAAUUGGAGAGCUAUCUCCUGGAGCUGCAGGCAGAGGAGGUGCCGAAGCUGAGUGCUGCUACCACAUCGUCUGGAGAAACACCUCCAUCUUUGGACUUCCUGUCUCCUCUGUUUAACUUCUUUCCCUAUGGGCAAGGAGCAGGGCCAGCCUUGGGGGUUUCCUACAGCCAGGAGGAGGGGCUUCCUGUGAUGACACCUUCUCAGGAUGCUCCUGAUGCUCUUGGCUCAAUUCACACGCUCACGCAUCCACACACGCUUUCACAGACACACACACUCACCACAAGUUAUACACACUCGCCAAGCCUGAGUACAGCCACCACCCUGCCUCGCUUUCACCAGGCCUUCCAGUGAUCCAAACGUACACAAGCACACACAUUUAGCUACCAUAGCACUUACACACACACUUACAUCAACUUAAUUUGAAUACAAAAAAAAAACCCACACCAAGACAACACUUAUUACUUAAGUCGGUGAUAAUUGUUAAAUUAUGUGCCUUUGAGAACACAUCAUUUGCUCAUUUAAAUAUGUUCAGUAUACAUUUUAGGAGUUAGCAAAAGAAGAUGUUGAACAUCUGACAGCUGUUAUUCAAAACAAUCAGUCUGGUUUACGAAUGUGUAUGUGCCUUGGUUUGCAGUGAAGUUUUGCUCUCAGACACUGAGUGCAUAUUAGUGGUGCAGCUUAGCUAAAAAUUCCAUAACAAUCGUCCAUUUUGUGAUAAAAGCAUAUCAUUUGGUACCGAAAACCAAAGGCAUUAAAGAAUUGAUAUUGAGCCAUCUUGAAUUUUCAAUAUGUCGUCCAUGGCAGCCAUUUUUCAAAUUGGCCACCAGUGACCACUGUUUUCAGAUCGAUUUUCUUAUCAGCGUUAGAUAUUUAAGUUAUUCCACGAAAUCGAGUCGUACAUGAGCAGACGGCUGAUGAGGCGUGUAGCACUGAGUCGGCUAUAAGCCACGUAUGACGAGUUUGAGCGGAACAACUGUUCUAUUCUAUCCACAUUCACUGGAUUUUGAGAAACAGCAUUUUUAUUUUUGCAAAUGCAAUCAAUAAAAACUUUAUACAAAACGUCUGACAAAAUCCUUUCCGCAUACAAACCGGCGAAAUGACAGUAGCAAUUAGUGAAAAAUGUGAUGAUAAUAAUAAUAAUUCUUGAAAAAUUUGUAUUUUUGGGGGUUUUGUCUUCAUGUAGAGUUGUUAUUUCGUCCUCGGUUGGUUCAGCAAUGCGCUCCGCCAUUUUGUUUUUCUCUGCUCAUGGUAUAUGAGCUGAUAGCCUAUUAGUAGAGUAGCCAAUCAGAGUGUGCGAUUGCUCAUAUCCAGUGAAUGUGGAUAGAAUAAAAUAUGAUAUUAAGGACUACAUUUAUUUAUAGUUCUUGGGAAUUGCCUUUUUGAUAUUAUAUGCAAGUCAUUGAAAAUUCAAGAUGGCAGCCAUGACGAGUAUGAAAAUUGCAAUAAAGUUGCAGGCUCAUCUGAUAUGUAUGAUCUCUGUGUCAAAUUAUACAUUUUAUUAUGAUGCAAAAUUAAAAUUUGGAACUUUAGAAUUGCCCAGAAGCUUCCUUCUAUCUCACAAUUCAAGAUGAUUACUAUUUUUUUUUUCCAAGAUGGCAGCCAUGGCCGGCUUAAAAUUGAAAAUUCAUGAUGCCUAUAUCGAUAUCUAGAUUUUUUUUUAAAUGUCUUUGGCUAUAAGUGUACUAAAUUAUUAUUAUUUUAUUAUCACAAAAUGCACAAUUGUUAUGGUUCUCUGCACCACUAUAUAGCUUUCCCAUUUAGCACUUUGAAUUUUUAGUGAUGUUCCAUCAAAGCUAGACAUUUUCUUUUCCUGAUAUUUUUGUUGAUUACUUUGUUUGUUGGUUCACAAGCUGAUGGGUACUGAAAUGCCAGCAUCUAAGUGACUAUACACAGCCAAAGGCAACCAAACCCCUCAGAGCCAGAGUGUGGACGGCUCAUCUUGUUUUGCCUUUCUUUUUCUUUUUUUUUGUUCUUUUUUUUAAAUUUUAUUUUUAAGGCCGUUUGCCUUCAUGCUGCUGCUCGUUUUAAGGGCCUUAAACUUUAUCAGUGCAGAUCUGCUUCACUAUACAAAGCAAUAAAGGGAAACAUGGACUGACUUUACAAAGACUAUCGUGUAGACACAAACAGCUCUUAAACACCCCCUUCAGUUUUUCCCCUGCCGUUUGUCUUUUUUUUUUUUUAAUUUAAUUUUAUUUUUUUGCUCCUGGACUUUAGACACCAACACAACCUUCAACCUCAUCUGCCAAAAUGCUGUCCAUUGCACUGAUUCUGAAUCUCAUCAAUAAUAAAACAAAAACAUUCAGUUGUAUGGAUCUGUGCUGUCGCGUCUAAAGCACACACAGAAGUCUGAAUGAUAUACGCAGUCUGUGAAGAAGCUCUGUUGUGAAUAAGAUACAUUUCUACAGAUCAUUUUACCGAGACUAUAGAUAGCUCCAGAGGCUGUAAAACACACCUAUGGUUGGCACAAUCCUUUUCCCAAAACACCCAGCCAAACCCCUGUCCAGAUGUGUGUGUGUGUGUGCGCGCGCGCGCUGAGUGAAUGUUAGGGUCUUGUUGAAUCUACAUUGGGAGCUGAAGGUUGAUGGAUGCUGGAAAGCCUCCAGGCUGGGCAUAUUUUUCAUAAUAGCACUUUCUAAAGAAUCUGAUGCCUUGGUUUUGUCAUGUUAUGAAUAUGUAUUUUAUGUUAAAUAACCUUUUGCAUAAAAUGUUUAGAUGUCAUAUAUAGCUUUUAGCAGAUUGUUAGCAUGUGUAUAUAUAUAUAUAUAUACAGUGUGUAUG